CAACGUGCAGAGGAAAAGAAGACUUUCCCCUUUGCGCAGCGUGUGCAGCCAGAUGCGAAACAUUCCAGCUUCUUUUUUUAAUGGGGAAACCGUAAAGUCGAGUCUUGUAGUUCUCGGGGAGCUUUAGAGGGACGCAUUGAGCAGCGCUGAUGUGAGAGCCCACAUAAUGUCUGCCGCUCAAGGACUUCUCAACAGCGUCUUCUCCUGCUCCUCUCCUGCCUCAAAAGCCAUAACCAAACGAAGGCUACGCCAAACCCGGAGCCUGGACCCCGCUAUUAUAAGAUACUGUGACACCGGGACAGAGGGAGUAAGUGGCGCAGGGUUUUUUGGAACGUCGGGUGCGGACGCAGGUGCGUCUUCGGAGCGCUUGGCUGUGAAACCGGCUUUACGCACCAAGAUUCCGACUCUAAAGGAGCCCAUAACCCCGUCCCUAUCCUCUCCUUCCAUACCUUUGGAUGUUUCUCCAUCGUCCAACUUCCACUUUGACUAUGAUAUAGUGAAGCGUGCCAAAAGGAAUACCGCCGGGGAUUUACCGUUUCUGGUGAGGGGGACCGGGGCAACGCCGUCCGGGAGCACUGGCACUCUGUUCUCCCCGCGGAGGUGGCUUCAGAAGAAAGUGCAGCCGUCCAGCUCUCACGCGUACGUUGUGUGGAAAUCAGAGGGUGAUUUCACCUGGAGCAGCCUGUCGGGACGGAGCGUGCGUCUGGCGCCGGUUGCCAUCCAGAGCCUGUCAGAGCUGGAGAGGGCCAAGCUGCAGGAAGUAGCCUACACCCGUUUACACCAGGACUAUGAUCUCGGAUGUCAGAUAACCAUGCCAAAAGAUGGACAAAAGAGGAAAAAGUCGCUACGGAGGAAGUUGGACGCGCUAGCGAAAGAGAAGAGUAAAGACAAAGAAUGCAUACCCCAGGCCUUCAGUAUAGUGCUCUCCCAGGUCAUUGCUAAUGACAGAACGCACAGGCAGCGUCAGGACAGCUAUCGCCAGGACCCUCCACAGCGCGAGGAGCACAAGGAUUCCUCUGACCUCGUCUCGUCCAUUUUACAGGUCUAUCAGUUUGCCACCAAGCGGCCGUCCACUAAGGAGUUAUCCAGCAGUAACUCCUCUUUGAGUUCUACAUCGGAGACAGCCAAUGAGUCAACGUCGCCCAAUACGCCUGAAGCUGCACCACGAGCACGCAGGAGGGGAGGCAUGUCAGUGGACUCCAUCACCGACCUGGACGACAACCAGUCCCGCCUACUCGAGGCCCUGCAGCUGUCUCUGCCGGCAGAAACGCCGAGCAAAAAGGAGAAGCACCGGGACAAAAGGCUGAGUCUCAACCCCAUUUACCGUCAGGUGCCCCGGGUGGUCGACAGCUGCUGUCAGCACAUCGAGAAAUACGGUCUGCAGACUGUGGGGAUCUUUCGAGUGGGAAGCUCCAAGAAGAGAGUCCGACAGCUACGUGAGGAGUUUGAUCGCGCCAUUGACGUCCAGCUGGAUGAGGAGCAGAGCGUUCACGAUGUGGCUGCUCUGCUUAAGGAAUUCCUCAGGGACAUGCCCGACCCUCUUCUAACCAAGGAGCUCUACACGGCCUUCAUCAAUACCACGUUGUUGGAUCCAGAUGAGCAGCACAAUGUUACUCAGCUACUGGUCUACUUGCUCCCAGCAUGCAACAGUGAUACUCUUCAACGCCUCCUGGAGUUUCUGUCUACGGUGACGGACCACGCCCACGACCGGCAGGACAAAGACUGUCAGGAGAUCACAGGGAACAAGAUGACGUCUCUGAACCUGGCCACCAUCUUUGGCCCAAACCUGCUCCACAAGCAGAAGAACUCAGACAAGGAGUUCAGCGUCCAGAGCUCGGCCAGGGCCGAGGAGAGCACGGCCGUCAUCGCCGUGCUGCAGAGGAUGAUCGCCAGCUACCAAACUCUCUUCAUGGUGCCUCCUGAUCUGCAGAAUGAGGUUUUGAUGAAUCUGCUGGAGACGGAUCCAGAUGUGGUGGACUACCUUCUGAGAAGAAAAGCAUCACAGAGUCCCGACCUGCUGCAGUCGGACGAGCCCUUCACCCCGAACGAGGGCCAUUCCUCCAGCGACUCCAACAAGGUGUCUAGCGGCGAGGUGUCCCCUUAUGACAACAACUCCCCAAUCUUGAGUGAGCGGAGAGGAGAGCCAGGAAGCCCGGGCAGCGAGACGCUCUUCCAUGUCCCGGAACCGUACACUCUGGUGGGGCAAGUGGCCGGCUGGAGCAGAGAGCCUGGGGCUGACGCCUGGGGUACCAAAGAUGCUAUAUCAGAGGAGCAUGCCAACAUUUGGGGGACGUGGCACACUACUUUGAAACCAACACUCAAGGACCAAGCAUUCACAGGUUCCCAUGGCAACAUGUCAGAGGGAAGCUCCCGCAGCUCACAGGAAGGCCUCGACGGACUCCAUGGCGAUGGCAGGCAGCAAGCGAUGCUGCAACGGACUCAGACGGCGCCUGGCAUCGCCGAGUGCAGACCCCACCCCCCGGUCACCAGAGUGUGUGCCAUCCCUCACGUGGAGUCGGGACAACCACGCCUGCAGCUCAACACCAACCCCUCUGUGACGUCUCACCUCAACAGCACGCACCUCCAUCGAGCAAGCGGGCACAGACUUAACCCGACCUCCAGACCUCAAGGCGGGGGGAACACUGGCGACGGUGGCCCUGCUGUGCUAAACGACAGCCGCUUUCCUCCCCCUUACAAGGCCCACCAUCGACUGGCUAGUUCGCAAAGUACACCUCAGCUAGCAACAGGUCAGCUACCCCCUCCGCAGCACGCGAGGCUGAGUGUAGCGCAGAGUAACUCCGGCUCAAUGACAGAGAACCAGAUGGUGCCACAUAGCCCCGAGUGGCAGGACUGGCAGAGGGACCGGUGGCAGAUCUGGCAGCUGCUGUCCUCGGACAGUGCUGACGCACUGCCAGAAACACUGGUGUGAUCUCGCACCGCAAACUUAACCUUCUGCGAGCAUGAUCAAACUCCUCCAAUGACAAUCACUCCUUACCCCUACCUUCAUUUCAUUCUCUCAGACGGCCUUUAAUCCAUUCAUAAAUCCGUGCAUUUCAUCCUUUCCAUGAACCCUCUGCGCUCCUCCUGCAUCCUAGCGCCACGGCGUUGUUGUUUACGUGUGCAGCUGCUGCCUUAUUCAGACUUUCACAUCCAAGAGCCACUAGUAUUUCUUGUUUAAAAUGGAUGUUGGAAAAAGUUGCUUCUGUUCCUAAGCCCAUAUGUGUUGUCCAGAAUGACUUCUUGAGUUGGGAGCAUUAAAAAUAUUUCCCACCAGAAAUACCUCAAAAAAAGAUCCUUUCACAACUCCUCAGAGUGUAACCACGACCGAGAGCGAGCUCAGUCUUCACAUCUCAAUGGAGAACAAUAGGAACACAUUUGUGCAUUUGGUUUGUUAUAUUUUUAUUGGAUCAUUUUUAGAUUUUUUUUCACCAUACAGACUAAGAUGUACCCGUUAAUAACUGCUGCUAAAUGUAGAAUCUUUGUGUGCGUACUGGUAUUGUAGUGCAGCCACACCUGUUUAAAAAGAUCAAAUGUGGAAUUACUUUACAGAUAGUGUUUGGUGUAUAUAGACAAACAUAAACAAUAUAUAUGUAAAUUGACAUGUAAAGUAUAUAAUUUGCCAAACUACUAAAAGUAAGUCAGCCCUUUAAACGGUCUACAAGUUGGUGUUUUUGUCUGUAAUGUUGAAUACUUCACUCGGCUGUAACUUUGCUUGUGCUCUUGCCACUUGCUGCAAAAUGUGCCAAAAAGUCUCUUUUUUGUUGUGUUCAUUUCAUCCAGUUGUCCAUUUCAGAGCAAAGACUCAAGAGCUUGUGACAUUGGUGCGCGUGUUUGUCGGGAGUGUCAGCGCACAAGUGUAAGGAGUAAGGAAGCACAUUUUCAGAUCUUUUAUCAGGAUCAUAUCUCAGACAUAAAAUGACUGAAUCGUGAAUAAAGGUAAAGAAAGAUGAAGCCUUAAUUAGCCCGUGUGAUAAAUAUCAAAAAUGUUGGGUUAGGGAUAUCAGAUAUAUGAUAGCUGGUAAUCAUUGUCGCGUGUGUAAAUGUAUUGUAAUUAGAUGUAAAACAUAUUCUAUACAUUUAGUCCAUUUGGUUUUCUAAUUUGAAUGUAUUAUUUGACCUGGUUACAUCAAUAUAACUUCAUUUCCCAAGUUUAUGAGUGUAUGAGAUCAUAACCUGAUCAAGAAGCUAUAAAAAAGCAGCUCUACAAUUAUGGUCCAUAACAACACAAUAUAGCAUGAUGAUAUCAACAGCAACACAUUUACAUAACUGGCUCUCUGACUGAUCCAUAAUGUUACACCUCUCAUGCAAGACCAACUGAAGAACUAGAAACCCACAAACCAACCAAAUCCUCUCUGGCGUCAGUCAAGUGGGUAUUUGCUGGCGAAUAUUUCACAUUGUCCCAAGUCAUGGUGUAAUAUCUGCUCAUGUGAAGUCGGCUUUAAAUCUAGAGACACGUUAUUGAUGGUUCAGCCUCUUUUAAAUUGCGUGUCACUUAGAAAAGUCAAUAGGAGAGCCUCACAAGUGCAAGAAGUGGAAGGAUUGUGGCGCCAUCUAGUGUCAGACCAUGUGUACUAGCAUUUUGCAGCUUUCCACAGUUCACCGUUUCCACGGGAUCCAUCUGUGCUCAGUUACGAAUCGUUCAGCUUGCGAUUAUAAGCACCUUUUUGUGACAAUGUGUUAAUCCGUACGAGGAAAUAAACGUGCCAUAGGUCUCGCUCUUAAAAGAUGUUUCUCCGUGCAUUGCUCAAGGUUUCAUAUUUUGUGAAUUUGUUUUUGUAUUACUUCCGUUUUCUGUCGAGUGUUGUAAUAUAUAAAUACAAUAUAACAAUUUUUAUUCAAGGUAGGGUGGAAAAAAAGAAAAGAAAAAAAAGAAAGAAGAGGGAAUAACAGGGCCUCGCUUUUGUCUCCCGAAACCAAGACGAAGAACUUUGUCUGAGAGAAAUGUGGUGUUAUGGUGUUUAUUGUGAAUAUCUUGUGGUGGGGUUUACUGGGUCCAAGUUGUAAUGGAAAGUCUGGUAAUUGCUUUUGUACCACGUGUCAUCAUAAUAUGCUACAAUGGAAUUAAAUAUGAUAAAGUUUACGCUGCACUGUA